UACAUCAACGCCGGCUCACCCCCGGUCGCAAGCAGAUUAUUUAUUGUAGUUUACAGUCAACAGUUUUUGUUUAUUUACUUGCGUUCACGUUCGUCCACUAGUCAGAGGCAUUCGUUCGUCGUGGAAUAGAAACCUCCAAGUCACAAUCGCACUUCAUAAUGAAACGUAACUGUGUUACCGAAGACUCAAAAAACACAUGUGAAACAAAGGAAUGAGCCAUGCAGAAUGAAUAUUUUCCCCUCCACAAGUGAACAUGAAUGGAAAAAGAAGGAUAAAAAAGAGAAUUCGAAGCUGUACUCAUUAAUUAAAGGGAGGAGAGCUACCGAGAGUAGUUGGAGAUCAUAGAAAAAUAGAGAGUACCAAAAGAAAAUAUUCAAAAGGGACCAAACGUCGGGUAGAAAGUAUUCCGCGAAAGCAGAAAAAAAAUUAGACAAAGACAAGACUGUUCUAUGAUCAUCUGGACCCAUGUGAUUUUGUACUAUUCUACUGAGGAAUUGGAGCACAAAGUAAUUAAAUAUUGAAAUGAAUUCCGAGGGAAUUGAGGGGGAGAAAUACCGGGAGAGAAUGCAUCUGUGAUUUUUGUCAAAUUUUUCACUUGAAUUUGACUCGAGCCAAAGAAGAGAGACUAGUACAAAGGGGCGGACAUAGGGGAGGAAAAUGCCGGGGCACUCGACGCGGGAGAGCAGUGAGGCUAUUCGAAUGGAACCGCUUGGGCGGACAUCGAGCUCACGGAGUCCGGGGCAAAACGGCAUUGCCAAUACGGAAGUCCCUGAGAUGUCAGGAGACAGUAACACGGGACUGCACAAGAGGAGCUUGUACGAGCACAAUGGGGUGGCUGUAUGUUCCCAGAAGCGCGCGUUGUGCAUCGCAACAGUCGUUCUUGCUAUUCUAUUCGCCAUAUCACUCAUCAUCGCUUUUGCGGGACCACAAAAUGACUGUCCAUGCGCGGGUGAAAAGCCUGCUAAUCUGGAGGUCGAGGAUGAUAGUGCUGGGGCAGAGCCAAUGGCGACUAACGGAGAGAUAUUUCCCUGGGACAACGUUAGAUUACCCGCGUUUUCGCAUCCAACUAGAUACAAUAUAACUAUUCACCCCAAUUUAACAACCCUAGAGGUCAAAGGACAAGUAACUAUUGAAUUUUACGUCGAUAGAGAGACCAAUUUUAUCGUCUUCCACAGUAAAAACUUGACAAUAACAGACAGAAUGGUGGUGAAUCGUAAAGGCCACGAGAUGAAGAUCUCAAAAUUGCUGGAAUACCCGGCGCAUCAGCAGCUGUACCUAGAACUCGAGGAGAGUAAAUUCCGGAAAAGAGGGAAUUACACAUUACACUUGAGAUUCAUUUCGAGAUUAACGACCGAACUCGAGGGAUUUUAUCUGAGUUCUUAUAAGACGGCAGAAGGAGAGAACAGAUACUUGGCGACAACCCAUUUUGAGCCGACAUACGCUCGCUCGGCAUUUCCGUGCUUCGACGAACCCCACUACAAAGCGAAAUUCAAAGUAUCGAUAUUCAGGGACAGGUUUCAUAUAGCACUGUGCAAUAUGCCGAUCGUCAACACGGAGGAUGCUGGGUUUUAUAUGGGCACAGGACUGUUGCGAGACGAAUUCCAAGAAUCCGUGGAGAUGUCGACGUACCUCGUGGCCUUCGUUGUCUGCGACUUCAAGAGGAUCUCCCAGCUGACGUCCAGGAACAUCUCCGUGAGUGUCUACGCCGCCGAGUCGAUGCUCUCCCAGGCGCAGUACGCCCUGACGAUAGCAGUCCGCACAAUGGACUACUUCGAGUCGUUCUUCGGGGUGAACUACCCCCUCCCGAAGCAAGACCUCAUCGCCAUUCCGGACUUGGCAGCGGGUGCCAUGGAGAAUUGGGGUCUGGUCUCCUACAGGGAGGCCGCGAUUCUCUACGAUCCCGACGAGACAUCGACAGCUGCCCACGAGUGGGUGGCCUUCGCCAUGGCCCACGAGCUCGCUCACCAGUGGUUCGGCAAUCUCGUGACGAUGAAGUGGUGGAAUGAUCUGUGGCUGAACGAGGGGGCCGCGAGCUUCUUCGAGUACACGGGGGUCAACAACGUGUCACCAGAGUGGAGCACCAUGGAUCAGUUCGUUCUGGACAAGACGCAAGUGGGACUGGGGCUCGACGCUCUUGCCACCAGUCAUCCCAUCAGCGUUCCCGUCAAGGACCCCGCGGAGAUCGAGGCCAUUUUCGACAGCAUCAGCUACGCCAAGGGGGCGUCGAUAUUCAAUAUGCUGGAGGGCUUCCUCGGGGAGGACAUCUUGAGAAGUGGACUGAAUGAGUACCUCAAUGUCCACGCCUUUGGGAAUGCUGAUACCAAUGACCUGUGGGCUGUCUUCACGAAGCAUGCGAACAACACUUUUGAUGUCAAGGCAAUUAUGGACACUUGGACCCAACAGACUGGUUUUCCCCUCAUAAUGAUAAGUCGAGAGGGAAAGCUGAUAACUGCAAGCCAAAAGAGAUUUUUACUCUACCCACUAGAUAAUCAAACCGAAACAACUCAAUCAAAAUCAAGUUUCAACUACAAGUGGUACGUUCCGUUGACCUAUUACACGGACAAGGAGCCACAGAGGGUUUACACCGUCUGGAUGAACAUGUCUGAUGUUACCUUCGAAAUUCCCGAAAACGCUGAAUUCAUAAAGUUCAACAUGAAUCAGUCCGGUUUCUACAGAGUGCUGUACCCGGACGAGAUGUGGACUGCCAUAAUAAAAACUCUGAUGACAAAUCACCGUAAAUUCACACCGAUCGAUCGGGCGAAUUUAAUCGAUGACGCGUUCACUCUCUGCGAAGCUGGGGAAAUAAAUGCGACUAUUCCACUGAGAUUAUCACUUUAUCUGAUGAAUGAGAGUGAUUACGUGCCAUGGGCAACGGCGCUCGGAUAUCUGCACUCGUGGAAACAAAGGCUGGGUGAGAGCUCGGGAUAUAAAAGAUACACAGCUUUCUUGAAGAAAUUACUUGGACCCAUUUCUAAAUACGUUGGGUGGAAGGAUGAUGGGGAUCAUUUGACAAAACUCCUGAGAAUUGCCGUUCUGCAAUCAGCAGUGGAACUCCAGUUAGAGGACGUAGUAAAACCAGCGAAAAAUCUAUUCGAGGACUGGAUGCUUCGCGGUAAAAAGAUACCCCCGAAUAUUCGCGACGUCGUCUACGUGGCCGGCAUAAGAUUCGGCACCGAAAAGGAGUGGCGACACUGCUGGGAGGUGUACAAAAACACGCAAAUACCGAGUGAAAAGAGGAUAAUACUCCAGGCACUGGGUGCCACCACCGAUCCCUGGCUGCUCCAGCGGUAUCUCCUGAAGUCACUUGACAGAGAUAACGUCAAGUCCCAGGAUGUCGAGACUGUCAUCGCCGCAGUUGCCCGCAAUCCUGAGGGACAGUACAUCGCCUGGAGGCAUGUCAAGGCGUAUUGGCCACAGCUGCACGCCCUCUUUGGUAAUGGCUCCGUGGGACUCGGCCCUCUCAUCUCAUCUGUCAUCUCUGACUUCUUCACGGAGUACGAUCACCAGGAAGUCACUGAAUUCUUCAAGGAUGUGGACGUCGGCAGUGGGGCACGCACCCUUGAACAGAGCCUCGAGACCAUCAAGUUGAAUAUUAGGUGGGUCGCCAAUAAUGCAGAUGACGUUGAUUCGUGGUUAAUUGAUAAUUUCAAGGAAUAUGCGGGUUAAACAACAAAUAUCAUUUGUGAAGGUAAUUUUAUUGUGAUUAAUGACGUAGUGUUAUUCGUUGCGUUCCUGGGGAGCGUUGAUCAACGGACGGCUGCUCAACACAUCGUGUAACAAUUCAAGAAGCCUCUGGAGUGAAAAUAUUUGGGUGAAAAAAAAAAUUAAUAGCUUGAAAAAUUUGUUCAUUUUUCAGGAAUUGGAUGUGAGCAAAUUGAAAGGAAUUCGGAGAGUAUAAAUUAUUUUAAAGAAUGUUCAAAAACGCGAGGUGGUCGUCCACUGAACCGCCAUCUUGAAUACUUGGGAGCUUUCAAAAUGGCGGCGCCGGCAUAUUGGAGUUCGUGCAUUUCCAAACAAUUUUCACUCCCGAGAACUCUUGAUCAAUGGGUUUUAUCGAAUAUUUGAUAGAAAAAUGUCAAUAGAUUUUUAUUUUUCUGUACAACUUGUUCUAUCGAGAUUGUUUUCAUAAUAAUUCUCGAUUAUUUACUCGAAUGACGACGGUACUUCGAUUCUAGAGUAAUUAAUUUUGAAACUCUCAGGAAUGCACAAUAACUUAAUUUAGUAUAUUUAAUUGAAUUAGCAUAUCAAUAUUAUGAAGUAAAUAAAUUUGGUACGAUACGUUCUUCCCAUUGCAAAUACAAAAUGUUCUUAUGAUUAUACGAUACAGUAAUUAGACUAUUUUGCCAACAAUCAUGACUCUAUCGACUCGAUAAAGUGUAUUUCACUGUUAUUCACAGAAUAGUGAUGAAAACCAAAAAUUUAAAAAAAUGGAAUAACUAUAUUCAAAAUGCAGAAACAAUAAACCAAAAUAUUAUGUGUCGUGUGCCAUGUGUUCAUGUUGCUACAGGACCUUGUGAUCUUGACGCGGGGUACGUCCAAACAAGCAUGGAUCUAGUUUAUAUAAAAUCCAUGCUGAUAGAUUUAAACCAAAAAGAGCAAAAAAAGAUCUGAUAUUUUACUAUUGGAGAAAGGAAAAUAAAAUCAAUGGAAUAUUUAUUACGAAUGUAUUGCUGCGCUUUGCAUAUGAUAGAUUCAAAUCUCUUUUUUUUUCUUCUUUCUUUUGCAAAUAAUGUAUUUCUCAGCUGAUAUUGAUUUUCAAGCACGAGCGUCCGUCCCACAGACAUCUAUCUAUUUCUAUUUGAUAAGAAAACAAUCCUAUGAAAGUCCCUCCUGCUUGCUGAUUAAUUAUCAUUGCUUUUUCUUGAUUGAAGAGUGAAGUGGUGAUGGGAGAUAGCAAUUACUGCGAAGACACGUGUGCGAAAAAAUUUAUAGAAAAAAAAAUCGAUUUUCAUUUUUCUAUAAUUUUUUUGUGAAAUGAUAUUUAUAGAAAUUUUUUGGAUUGAAUUUUCUAGGAAUUUUGGGAACUUAUAGCAUUCAGCUAUAGGAAAUUCUAUAGAAAAUUCUAUAGCCUAAUGACAAAAGUUUCUAAUUUUGCCGAAAAUUGAUUUCUGAAAACUUUAUAGAUAUCACGUGACAAGUUCUAAAGAAAUUCUAUAGCCAACAUCUAUAGAAAGUCCAUGUAACGCCUUCGAUAGAGUUCGAUAGAAUGGUCCAUUUUAUGAAAUUUUGUAAAUUUCCAAAUGUGUAGAUAAUUAGACGGCUACAAACUUUAGGAAAUUAUGUAACAUUCCCCGUCACAAUUUCUAUAGAAUCUUCUAUAGCCAAAUUCUAUGAGUUGCCAAAAUUUAUGGAAACCACGAGAAUUUUCCCUGCAUAAUAAAAAGAAACAAGAUACUAUCUUUUAAUAUUAUAGAUUGUGCAAUUCUGUUGAUUUUUUUUUUUGCCAAGUCUAUUGCGCAGAUUCUCUAAGUUCUAUAGAAUAAUUUAUGGACCAUAUACCAAAAAACCAUGAAUUCUACAGCAGCAAAAUUGAUCGAAUUCCGUGUAACGCGCUCUUCAGAAAUGCCUAUACUUGAUUUUUAUUAUUCUAUAGAAAAUUCUAUAGAACUGUAUAGCCGUUUCUAUAGCCCAAUUCUGUAGGUUCCCAAUUUUUAUUUGGACAUUGAAAAACGAAGCGAAAAAUCUUCUCUCAGUGUUAUAAAACGCUAUAGAAUGCUAUAGAAUUUUUUCCCUCGUGUAAAACAACUCACUUCGCCACUUCACAACAAAAUCAAAAAGCGAAAAAAAAAA